GUUUUAUAUUGAUAACAUGGCUCAUCAACCUAAAAGUUUCACCUGGACUUAAACUUCUUGUACUGUAAAAACAAAAAGCUCUUACUAAUGCCUUCGAUAAACAGUUACACCUAAUGUUGGGCCAGUUUAUUUGAAAAUUGAUACAGAAAGAGAGUUCUAACACACAAAUGAUUUAGGGUGGAAUUGGCAUAAAAGUUGGAAUAUACCUAAUAUAUCUAUUAAAUUAGUUUUAAAAAAUGAAGAAUGUGCAUAAUGGAUGAAUUGUUAAGUAAAAAAAAGAAACUAUUUUUAGGUUCAACUAAUGGCUGUGAAACUAUUAUAACCUGAUCUAUUCGAAGAAGUAGGAUUGGAAGGAACAACUUUAUAUGAAUUAGAGGAAGGAAGAGCAUUUUUCAAUGUAAAUUCAUUAAACGACUUUAGGGUGUAAAAUUUAAUAGUACCACUUAUAAUCAUCAAGGCCAUAAAUUUUAAUUGUUAUUAGUAAUUAAAGAAGGAGAGAACAUCAUUCUUACCUUACAGUCACCUCCAAUUUUUAUAGACAGUAGAAAAAGUGCUCGUGAUGAACAUAGAUAAAUAUAAUACAUCUAACCAUUCGAACCUAAAUACUUAGAACGUAAUUUCUGUAAGAAAGAAAAACAUUAAAAUGAUGUUAUUGAUGCACCUAUUGAAAAUAAUGAAAAUGGAUUACAUAAUUAUUUAACUGCACCUAAUAUCAGAAACAAAGUAAAAUAUAUACUAUUUUCUCAGAUUAAACAUCCUAUAUUUCUGGCCUUAAAGUUUUCUAGAUGUUUCAGUAUUUACUAUUCAGGAAAUUCUGAAAUAGAAAAUCAUUUGAUUGAAUUCUAGAAGCAACUAAUGUUUAAAUGCCAAAUAUCAUAAUAUUUAAUUGUUUUUUAGUCAAAUAAUAAUAGAAUUAAGAGGAAAGUAAAUUAAUUCAUAUAUUCUUUUAGAUUGAGGAUUCUUUAAAUUAAUUAUAUGGAUAAACUAAAAUUAAAAUAGUUGAAAAGAAGCUUCUUAAUGAACACAUCUAUUAAAAGUUAGAGUUUAAUUAAGAGGAUUAUAGAUAAAGUUAUAAUUAAUUGAUUCUAUUGAUGAAUUAAUUUAUUCUUGAAUAAUAAGAAAAAUCAGAAUCUGAUCAAUAGAAUAUCAAGUAAGAUAAAUAGGUGUCUAUUGAAAUUGAACCUUAGUCUCAAUCAUAAAUUAAAUAAACUUUUAAUCAUUUAGAAAAAAAGUCAGCUUUUAAAAAAUACAAAGACUUUGAUAAAUUACCAACUAAAAAUUUCGAAGAUGAAAAAUUAGAAUAAUAUUAAAGACUAGAGAAGUUAAAAAAUAUUCGAGAAAUGGAAAAUUAAGAUAAAUUACAAAAGAUAGUAAAGAUAGAAGAAAAUAAUAAUUAAUUACAAUAAUAUUAAUUAUUAUAAUAACAAUAAUUACAAUAAUAAUAUCAAUAGUCAUAAUUUGUAUCAAAUAAUUAUGUUAACUAAAUCAAUGAAUUAAAUUCUAAUGUAAAAUAUUUAUUUAUUUUAGUUUUAAAUGGUUUUCUAAUAAAAAUUGUAAGAAUAGUUGCUAUAAUAUUAUAUGUUAUAAUAAUAGUUAUUGCUUCUAUAAAUGCCUUCUUCAUUAUGA